CCCAGGUUCGAAGCGAAGGUCCCACCGAGCGGGAUGGGGUCUGACCGGGAGAGACAGCUAAAAGCCAUGGGAGUGGAGGCUCCGGCUCUUCCGCCGCAUGCAGACUGGCUUUGAGCAUGCGAGCCCUCCAGAUGCCCCCAGUGUAGUUCGUCUGUCUGUCAGCAGCAGCACUAGUCUCAGAGUGGACUUCCAGGAACCUCUCUGUGUCAACUCUGCUGUGGUUACCAAGUACAAAGUGAGUUGGAGCAGUGCCCCCUCAAUGAGUCCUUUGCUUGGUGAGAUGGUUGUAGAAGAUACCACUCUGCUGCAGUGUAACAUCACUGGACUCCUUUCUGGGAGCUUCUAUUAUGUUCAGGUGUCCGCCUACAACAUGAAGGGCUGGGGUCCAUCAUCAGUUUCCACACCAGCUUGUGCUGCACCCUCCAGUUGGAGGGAUAUUGAUGGCCGUGCUCCCCGCCAGCGAGGCCAGAAGGAGGCACUAGACCAGCUACUUGGGCAGAUAAAGGAAGCUCACCGCCACUGUGUCUGCCACGAGCAAUGCAAAGCUCCACCACAGGGGAGGAAACACUCGGUAUCCAAAAGCCUCCGUCACCUCUUCCAACCCACCAGCAAAUUUGUUAAAAGUUUAAAAAGGGGACUCUACUUGGCGUCAAUAAUGUAUAGAGAUGACAGCAUUUUGGUGACUCCAGAAGACCAGAUUCCUAUUGUGGAGGUUGAAGAUUCCUACUCCAGUUCCCUCAUGCAGGACUUCCUCUGGUUUACAAAGGUGUCCUACUUAUGGGAGGACAUUCCAUGGCUGCAGCAGUGUCUCAGUCCAUCCCAGUCUUCUUGUACCUGUACUCUGCAGACACGCCUCAAGAUGCUGCAGGCCGUCUCCCAUUUACAGGGAAUGCUGGGAACCCAGGAUCUUGGUCAAGUGUAUUUUGAGCCAAUCAAAGACAAACACGGUAACGCCCUGCUGGUUCUGCUAAAGGACAUGAACGCGUGUCCAAACCUGGAUGGGGUGCGCUGGACGCAGCUUUGCAAACUCCAGCUCCAACGCAAGUCCAUCUCAUCCCCUGAAGAACCCACCGCCUUGGACAUGCUUCUCAUCACGCUCCAUGAGAAGCUGGCGUAUCACAGGAGGAGUAGAAAGCAGCUGUCUCCGGGACUAUACUUGGGUUACCUGAAACUCUGUACAUCAGUGGAGCAGAUUAGAGCGCUGGUGCCUCAGAAACUCCCCAACGUCCUCUGUCACACGAAAAUUCGGGACAACAGUAACGUGUCCAGAGAGGAGUGGCAGUGGCUACAGGCCCUCAGCUCUCUGGAGGAGUCGUUGGAAAUGGACCAUGACGUACAGAGCGCUCCACAUCGCCUCUUACAGGACCUGCGCAGUGCCAUCAAGGACCUCAUGGCCCGCAUUAACGUCCCUGGCAAUCAGGCCCAGGACUUCCGUAUCUACUGCCAGGAGGUGUUGGAGUUUGGGGAGAAAGUGUCCUUCCUGCUCCUCCUGCCACCCUCUGAUGAAGUGUGCACGGCUCCUGGUCAGAAUAACCCAUACUCCCCCUGUUCUGGUUUCCUCACCCUGCCCCUGCAGAUCUUUGAACUAGUCCAUUUUAAUGCCUACUGCCCCAGUUUCAUCGGCCAGUAUUGCAGGGUGUCUGCCUUAUUGGAGCUGGAGUCCUUGAUGUCCCAGCAGGCAUUGAGGGAGGCAUUCUCUGAAGCUGAACUCCUCUCUGCCAAGAAGAAGCAUCAGCAGGUCCAGGACCACAUGCAGCAAAUGGAGGAGGUGUGGCGUGAUGCGAGGUGGAUCAUGGAAGCCUUGCAAUAUGCUCGCUAUAAACAGCCGACAGGAGGCAUCUCCAUCAGCUGGAUAAUUGAUUUCUCCAAGGAAGUGAUGCCUAAUAAGCCUCCGUCCACCUCCUCCCAGCCCGACUUCAUGCCCUCCCCCAUGCCUUCACCAGAACCCUGUCGUAAACACUCAGAUUUCGCUGGCCUGUCAGAUGAAGAGGGUUCCUCAGAGGUCUUCCUCACCACUGACAGUGACUACGACUCAAGCCGAGCCCAGAGCCCCCGCGAGUUGGACCUUCUGCCCCCGUCCCCCCUGUCGACCACAACGCCACUCGAACCUCGUAGCUUCCUGCGUAGCGACGGGAGCGGCUCAGGAGGAGGAAUAUGUAUCAGUAGCGGCGGACGUGGAGCGCUGAGGGAUUCCACGCCCGACGUCCUCCAGGCGUCAGAGCUACAGCACGGGAGGGAAGGUGAGAGGUGUGGAGGAGGGGGAGGGGGUCGGUGUGGAGGGGAAAGGCGGAGAGGAGCCCCAGAGCUGUUUGACAGUGACUUCAUCCUGCCCAGCCGACAGAUCGAGCUGUUACACAUCACAGAGAAGAGACAGGCUUUCUGUGUGAGAACCAGCAGCCUGGAGUUCCCCUCCGCCACCUCAGCCCACCACCAGCCUUACUCCCAUCCCAACACUUGCCCCUCACAGCCCACCUCACCUCAGCGACGGUGGCACAGGCCCUCGUCAGUGGACCGCUGCUGCUCGGCUGAACGCUGCCUGCCUCAUCUUCCACCUGCACGAACCUUAUCAGAGGACAGCGGGACUCAGAGGCUGUCCUCUCCAUCACCUGCUGCCCUCAGGAAAGGCUGCCACGCCACGCUCCGAGUGUACCCACAAUACCGCACAGGCCUGCCCAAGGAGACCAGUGUGAAGCUCUGUGUAACUCCAGGCACGUCAGCGAAGGAGAUGGUCCAGCUGGUGGUGCAGGAGAUGAACAUUGUGUCUCGCCGUUUGCUGGGCGGCAGCAGCGGAGGCGGAGGCGGCGGUGAACAGGACCAGUGUGUGUACUACAGCCCUGAACAGUUGAAGCACUUUGGCCUGGUGCUGGUUUUGGACAACAGAGAAAAGUGGCUUCAGGACGACUUCUGUCCCCUGGAGCUCCAAAACCCCUGGCUGAGGGGCAAACUGUGCGUUCGCAUUAAGGAGUACUCGCCUCUAGCACUGACGAACAGCCGGGCCACGACGGUGUGACACUUCCAAAGGGAGAAACAAAGGAAACAUUUAGGAGAUCCAUGUAACAAUUGGGACACUCCACUAAACUCUGCACUGUUCAACAACUGCAACUAUAAAACCUUGUCAUUUUGUCUCAUGUGGUAUUCUUAUCUGAAAAGCUUCUCCAAGAGUCUGGCUCCGACAACAGGACCUUUUUUAUAAACAUCACAGACCCUCAUAUGGACACCAAAUGAACAAUUAUAAAACAGAACAAAGAGAAAAUAGUUUUUUUGCUGUCAGAAAUCAUUGGGCUAAAGAUUAUGAUGCCGGGUAAGAUUAAUAGAGCGUCACUUUGACUUCUGGCGUGAUUGACACCAGCACAUAGGGCUGUGCGAGUUGCCAAAAUGACUUGGGCAGCAUCAUCUCCUCCCCAGCCACACGCAGACAGGGCUUUUCCUAUGAACUCUCUCAUUGUGUCAUACCCAAAGAGCUGUCGACUGCAGCCGCCCGGCCCCAUGUUCCCAGGAUGUGGGCUCUGGACCAGGCCCAGAGGGCAGGAAGGAAGGGAGAAGUACAGAUGGGGGGCUGGCGUCUCCGCACGGGGACGCAAUCGGCCCGGCGAUUUGGCACGUCAGCCUGUCACUCAACUGCUCUUGGCCACUGCGCUGUCUGGUAGCAAAAAACAAGCAAAGCAGGGAAGAGAGAGGUUAAUAGAGAAUGAAAGAAGGCAACGACGAGGAGGAGGAGGAGGGUGGAGGGGGGAAGGAGGGGGGAGGCUGCAUCUUAAAGACUGGCACUGACUCUGGUGCUUUUUUUGUCCCUUUUGCAGCAGCGAAUCCUCUGUAUAGUAGACUCAGUGGUAGUGUAGCUAAACUAAUACGAUCAUCUCAUCAUGUGAAGCAACACAAAAUAAAACCAGCUAAUUUGGAUUUUCACAACAGAGAAAAUACAAGCAAUACUUGACUCGUUUUGUUUUUUCUAAAUUGAUGGAAAAAGCAUGUAAACCAUCCGGGAUAGAUAGUGCAUCUGAAGUACUGUAGUCAUGCCGUGCUAAAAGUUAACCAGUUCAGUGUUUUGUUGUGUUUGGUUCCGUGGUAUUCCCAGAUGCAUCAGAAAAACGGUGCCCGUCAGUCUAGAACAGGGUCUCCCCAAGGAGUCGAGUGUGAAAGGGAUGACUCAAGUUGUCAAGAGGCCCGGCGUUUGUAAACAAAGUCACAUACCAUAUAUUCCAAACUGAUUCCUAAACCGCUUCGAAAAGUUAUUUAUGAAAUGACUCAGCUUUUACGACGGUUGAGUAAGUUUGUUAACUCCCUCGACACUGGCAAAAAAAAAUACCGGUCAGAAUCAGGCCUCUUCAAUCCUAAAACCGUACUUGUCAAGUCAUUUUCAGGAAACCACGCCAGCAUUUUGGUUUUGCAGAAUGCACUCCAUCUGGAACUGAAUCAUCUGUGCAUUGUUUACAUUGAACUCAGCAACGGAAACUUUAAGUUAUUUCUUUUUUUUUUUUUUUUUUUUUUUUUUUUUUAAAGAAACAUGGAUAUAUUUUCAACCCGGCUCAGCAACAUCAUCCUGCAAUAUUUCCAAAUGUAAGGAACUCAGUGAAUACAUCAAUAUCAGCUGAUAAAUGUAGCACCAAAAGAGAACAGUCCAAAAAAAAGA